CUCGNGACGCACACAAAUUUCCAGCUACUGACUCUAAUGUGGGGUUGCUUUCAGCUUGGGGGACUGAAGGGGUAAAACACUCGGUUACAAUAAACCCGGCAUGAUCCAUUUCAAUUGAAGACAUUGGAAUCGAACGACUUCAAGAAACGAGUGCCAUCGUCCGUACGUGAUAUUGUGGGUUUACAACUAACAGAAUAGAAGAGCCAACUAUGAAGAACCUUUGGCCUUAUUGUGUCUGUGUGGUCUUGAUGAUUGAGAGCCUCCUCGUGCACCACCAAUGCCAAGGUGUGCCAUCAUAUGACGAUGAAUAUCUAGGAGAUGAACAAACCGAAGAAUAUAGCUAUGACGAUGAUUACACCGAAGAAGAACCUCAGCCCAUGCUCAAUCCUCAAUUCACAACAGAAGCUCAGAAUUUCAAAAUGGAAGUUGGCCAAGUCUUACGAUUACCAUGCCUCGUUGACAAAUUGGGCCCCAUGGUAAUUAGUUGGAAGAAAUCGGCUCCAGAUGGCGACAUUCAAUAUCUAGCCACAUCCGGACAUAUCCUCACUCAAGAUCGGCGUUUCUCCGUCGAGGUCGAGGAGGGUCGAGGCUCCUCGCUUGUCAUCUCUAUUGCUCAGGACUCUGAUGUGGGAGAGUACGUUUGUGAGGUCAGUUCCAACCCCAUCGCCACCCUGCGCCAUCAGGUCUCCAUUAUAGAGCCCCCCUCCGUUCACAUUCUGAGGCCAGGUCCGAUUCAAGAGGAGCGAAAUGACAGCCGAGGCCAAAGCUGGAUCAGACAUGAGGAUGGCGAAAUUCGUCUUCACUCAGGCGAGGAACUGGCACUCAGCUGUCACGGAACUGGCGAUCCAGAACCUCUUCUCCGUUGGACCAGAGAGCGGAAACGAAUGCCAGACGGGCGAAGACAUGUCGACGGAUCCCUCAUCAUUUAUAAGAACAUAACCCGAAAAUAUGCCGGCACCUACAUUUGUGAAGGAACCAACGGACCUUCCAGUCCGGCCCAAGAUUCCGUGAAAGUCAACGUUUUGCAUCCACCGGAAAUUAUCACCGAAGAGUCCUACGUCCAAACUCAGGAUGGGGUCCAGUUGGAAUUGGUUUGUAUCGUGCACGCCAGUCCCAAAGCGGAUGUCCGAUGGUUCAAGGAUGGCCUUUACUUGGAGUCCAAUUCCACUUUCAAUCGCCAUGACGAUGACACUACUGAAGGCACCUUGGAAGAGCCGGAGGAGGAUCGACUGAGCAUUCGGCAUAGUGGGCGGAAACAUAUACUCAUCAUUCGGCGGAUUGAGGACAGGGAUCGAGGACAUUACACCUGUCACGCCAUUAGCAGUAUUGGCGAGAGCAAGGGCAAUAUUCAAGUUAUGGGCGUGCUGAAUUCUAAUCUGGGAGAGAGUUUAGUUUCGAUCCCAUCUCAGACGUCAACUCUUCCUCCCAGAAUGAAUCUGGAAGGCCCGAUGGCAGAUACCGACAGUGUCAUGGAUCAUCGCGUGAGCUCCUCGCCCCGUCUCAAUCACCGCAGUCUUAUCCCAAUUUUCUUGGCCUUCAACUCAUUGAUCGUAGCGACCGUUAGGCCAGCCGCAUUCUAGUCCAGAAACAAGUGCACAUUUUGUAUUAACCCUCUUCCUUUGUACGGAAUUUGUCCCCCUCCAGGAGACGGUGGUCCGAGCGGAGAUUUGCAAAAAUAGGUAUAAUGGUAUAUGAAGGCACGUUUUAUCAACUUGGAAAAUGGCGAAGCGCGUUUGCUUUGGAUUAUAUUUCAAUAGGAAGUUCAAAAAAUUACAUCAAAAUCAAAUGCUAAAUCUCAUUUCUUGACAUCGGGAAGGUAAUAAAUCUUUCAACACUU